AUGGAUCAAACUACUAAACAGCCAUCGGUGGAAGGGUUUGAACACGUGAGCAAUAUUGACGCUUCACAAGAGAUAGAUGACAACAUGGAAAAACACGGUCAUUCCCAGGCGGCACCGGCGCCCACGAAUGUCGCCAUCUCAGCUUCCAGCUCCUAUCUCCUUAAGCCACGCUUUAUCGGAUGUCUUGUUGGUUUCCUUCUCGGAGGCAUGUGUGGGAUGGGGAGCUAUGCCAUCAUUGCACCAUUUCUCACCUACGUCAACAACGACCUGGGACCCGACCCCAACUACUUCUGGAUCACUAUUUGCUUCACUGUCAUCCAAGCUGUGGGUUUGACUUUUGUUGGGCGAAUUUCCGACAUCUUUGGGCGGCGUUGGACCUUUGUUGGAGGCUCUGCCAUCUCGUUGAUCGGGUACAUCGUCUGUGUGACCGCACAAUCCGUGUCCGCAUUGAUAGCUGGCAUGUGUCUUUGCUCAGCUGGCGGUACGACCCAGACCAGUUUCUAUUCGGCCCUCGGCGAACUGGUGCCGUUGAAGCACCGGUUCUUGGUCAACGGAAUCAUUUACUUUGGAGGAUUUCCCAUCUCCAUUUUCGGACCGGCGAUCACGGCUGCAAGCAUUCUCUAUACGCCACCGGGCUGGCGGGUAAUGUUCUAUGUCAUGUUGGCAUCCAACGCUGUAUCCCUGCUGUGCCUGUACCUGUUCUACAAACCUCCAACAUUCCGCGAGAAACAUGAGCGAGACACCCUUGGAUUCUUCGUCAAAAACUUUGACUAUGUCGGCUCCGUCCUGUUUGCGGGCGGCCUCGUCAUCUUUCUCAUCGGAAUCUGUUGGGGGGGUUCGGUCUACCCCUGGAAAUCGGCACAUGUUAUUGCGACCAUCGUGGUGGGUGGCUUGACUCUGGUGGCUUUCGUCGUUUGGGAGUGCACUGCGUCAUUGACAGAACCACUGGUCCCCAUGAGGCUCUUCCGCAAGACCACAUACACGGCAUGCGUUUUGUCAGCAUCGCUGGGAGCGUCCCAGUACUACGCUCUGAACAUCAUCUGGCCGAUAAUGGUGACUAUGGUGUUCCGGCCGGCAGAUUUUAUGACUCGAGCAUGGCUUUUCACCGUGGUUGGUGGUGGCUUUGCCGGUGGCCUCAUGAUUUCAUCUGCCUUUAUUAGGUGGCUGACGCAUACCAAAAUCCAGGUACUGGUGGCCAUGUUUGUGGGCGCCCUGUUCUACGCCUUGAUUGCCACUUGCUCGCCCGAAGAUGAGGCUCGUGCACUGGUCUUUGCGCUCUUGGGCUCCAUCAGUGUGGCAUGGAACGAGGCUGUGACGUUCACCAUGUCGACAAUUGAAGUCGACGACCAACAGGACAUUGGUGUCGCAUUUGGGGUGGCAGGCUCCGUGCGCGGACUCGUGGGAGCCUUGGCGUCGACCAUCUUCGUUGCCAUUGUCACGAAUCGGCUCACUGAGGAGGUUUCUGGACGAGUACCAGUCGCUCUCGUCACAGCAGGUCUCCCGGCAAGCAGCAUUCCCGACUGGCUGGUGGGUUAUUCUGCCGAACAGCUCGACUCUGUCCCCGGCACUAAUGCGACCAUCAACGCGAUCGGUACCGACGCCUACAAGCUGGCGGCCAUGUCUGCCUUCAGGACCAUCUUCUUCGUAACUCUAGUCUUCAGUGGGUCGGGUUUGAUCUGCAACUUCUUCGUUCCUAAUGUGGACGACAAAAUGACCAAUGUUGUGGUGGCUCCACUUCACAGUGUAUCGUACGAGAAGACUGCGUCAAGCGGUGAAGAGAAAUCAGGAGAAGAAACAGACUGA